CUGCAACCAUAACAGUAAUUUUUCAACUUGGUCAAGAAAAUCUCAAUAUUGACUUUUUUUGUGGAAUGUAUGCAUUUCUUGAACAUCAAGUCCCCCCGUACACAGUUUGAGAACAUUUCCAUAUAAUUACCGAACAAUUGACACCAACGAAAUGUCAAAAUUAUAUAAGAAUGUGACCUCAAAUUCGCUACGUACUCUUUCAAAUUAUAAACCGUAUAUAAAAGAGCAUUGAUGGCUCUCUCAACUUAAUUAAAUACUCUAACAACAAUUCCUACAUGGUUUCCACUUAAGCAAUGACUACUGCAAAAUUUGUGAUUUCGGUUUUAGUUUUACUGCUUUCUAUUGUAAACUCUGUUUUCGCAUCUACGAACGGACCAAUAUGUUCUUCCACAUCCACAUCUUUUAAUCGGGAUAUUUUCCCUCAAGGUUUUAUUUUUGGAGCUGCUUCUGCCGCAUUUCAGUAUGAAGGUGCGGUCCACGAAGGAUGCAGGGGUCCAAGUAUGUGGGAUUACUAUACCCUUAAACAACCUGAGAGGACAAACAAUGAUAAUGCCGAUGUAGCAGUUGAUUUCUACCAUCGUUACAAGGAAGAUAUUCAGUUAUUGAAGAAACUAAACAUGGACGGUUUCAGAUUCUCUUUUUCAUGGCCCCGAAUAUUUCCUCAUGGAAGAAAGGAUAAGGGCGUUAGCAAGGUGGGUGUCAAGUUUUACCACGAUCUUAUAGACGAGCUUCUUGCAAAUGGUAUAACUCCACUAGCAACGGUCUUCCAUUGGGACAUUCCUCAAGACCUAGAAGAUGAAUACGGCGGUUUUCUAAGCGAACGUGUAAUAGAUGAUUUUGUUGAGUUUGCCAACUUCACGUUCAACGAGUAUGGCCACAAAGUGAAGAAGUGGAUCACGUUCAACGAGCCGUGGGUGUAUAGCAGAGCCGGUUACGACAUAGGGAAGAAAGCGCCGGGACGUUGCUCGCAAUAUGUCAACAAGACUUGUCUUGGAGGGAGUUCAGGGCACGAGCUUUACAUAGUCAGCCACAAUCUACUUUUAGCUCAUGCCGAAGCCGUUCAUGAGUUUAGAAAAUGCGCAAAGUGCAAAGGUGGGAAGAUCGGGAUUGCGCAUAGUCCUUCUUGGUUCGAGCCCCACGCUCUUGAGUCUAGUCCACAUGCCAAUGUUUCUGUUGAACGAGCCCUAGAGUUCAUGUUGGGAUGGCACAUGAAUCCAACCACAUAUGGUGAUUAUCCACAGAUAAUGAAGGAUCAAGUCGGAGAUCGGUUGCCUAAAUUCACAGAGGAUCAAAAGCAGAAACUGAAGAUGUCAUAUGAUUUUGUUGGGAUCAAUUAUUAUACUGCCACCUUCGCUGCUUACAAUGGACUCAUUGAUCCUUCAAGACCAACUUGGGAAUCUGACUCUCUUGUUAAGUGGGAUCCCAAGAAUAUACUAGGAUACAACAUCGGUAGCAAGCCUUUAACUGCUUCACUCGCCGUUUAUGCAAAUGGAUUACGGGAACUUCUGAAAUAUGUUAAGGAUAAAUACGGUGAUCCAGAAAUUAUCAUCGCAGAGAAUGGAUAUGGAGAGAGUUUGGGAGCUAAUGAUAAGCUUCCCAAUGCACUGGCUGACUACAAUAGAAAAUAUUACCACCAGAGGCAUCUUUUAAGUCUAAAUGAGGCAAUUUGUGUGGAUAAAGUAAAUGUGACAGGAUACUUUGCAUGGUCAUUGCUAGACAAUUUCGAAUGGCAAGAUGGUUAUGAAACGAGAUACGGGCUGUAUUACAUCGACUACAAAAAUAAUUUGACUCGUCACGAAAAGGAAUCAGCAAAAUGGUUCAAAGAAUUUUUGAAGGAACCAAUAUCUUCAAAAUUCGUUGAAAAUAUCUACAAAGAUGAGCUGUGAACAGAUAUAUGAAGACAAUAAAAAGAACUUUGAAAGGAUACGUUUCAGACUUUCAGUUCAUAAAUCACAGUCACAAAGAAAGAUUUGUUCUGCAGUAUUUUUAUUGUAUUCUUUAUUUUAUUUAUUUAUUUAUCUGCGUUGUAUUUUUUGUAAUCUAUAAAAUUAUGGUUUGAUUGAAUGUUUUGUAAUUGAA